UAUAAAUAAAAAAAUUAAGUCAAUAUUUACAAUAUCGUCUUCUCCUCAGGAUGAAAAAAUCUUCUGCGACGAAUCUUUAUCGUCCCACGAAAUACCGGGGUCGUAAACAACCUACAACCACCAGGAAAACCCCACAUAUCAUACAACCGUCCAAACCUGCGUAUACCUCAAGGGUUGUCGACAGCGUGCCUUAUCCAGAGACUCACAAAUUAACAUCCGAAGAAGUCUACGGCGCAGGAGAUACUCCAAUCACUUCACGUUUGAUAGAACAUUUUCGAAAGGAGGGCCGAUUGGAAGAAGCUGUUGCGAAGGAUAUUCUUUUGAAGGCCGGAAAAGUUUUGACAGAAGAAAAUACGCUCAUAGAAGUGAGUGCCCCAAUAAAUAUUUGUGGUGACAUUCAUGGACAGUUCUACGACUUGGUGCGCCUCUUUACAAUCGGAGGACAUCCACCGAAUGUUCGUUAUUUGUUUUUAGGGGAUUAUGUUGACCGUGGUCCAUUUGGAAUCGAGGUAAUACUGGUUUUGUUUUCUAUGAAAAUCAAUUACCCGAAUUCCAUCUUUCUGCUGCGAGGUAAUCACGAAUGUCGUCACUUGACGGAAAGUUUCACAUUCAAAAGGGAAUGCGAACUCAAGUAUUCGACGGAAUUGUACGAUACCGUAAUGGACGUGUUUGAUGCACUUCCAUUAUCUGCUGUAGUUAACAAUCAAUUCCUGUGCAUGCACGGCGGGCUUUCCCCAGAUAUUUAUCACUUGAAUGACAUAAGGAAGAUUGCACGAUUUCGUGAGCCGCCUGUGUUUGGAGCCAUGUGCGAUUUACUUUGGUCUGACCCAGCAACAAACUACGAUAACUGCACAACCAACGAGUACUUCACCCACAAUUUCACUCGUGGUUGCUCCUACUUUUUCUCAUACGGAGCGUGUUGCGACUUUUUAAAACGGAACAAACUUUUAUGCAUCAUAAGAGCUCAUGAAGUUCAAGCUACCGGUUUCCGAAUGUAUAAGAAAAAUCUUGCAUCUGGAUACCCAUCUUUGAUAACAGUAUUCUCUGCACCUAAUUACUUGGACCUAUUUCGUAAUAAGGGCGCAAUCCUUAAAUACGUCGACAAUAACAUAAACAUUCAACAAUACGCCCAUUCUCCUCACCCAUACUGGCUACCAAAUUUCAUGGAUGUUUUCACUUGGUCCUUACCGUUCAUUGCCGAAAGAGUUGCGGAAAUAUUUUCAGCUGUCCUGAAUAUUUGCUCAGAUGACGAAUUAUUAGCUGACAGCAAUUAUAAGGACGAGGAAGUCAAAAUGCGUCACGAUAUUAUCAGAAAGAAAAUACGCGCUCUGGGCAAACUAGCAAUAGUUUAUGGCGAUAAAAGGAAGGAAUCUGAAACUGCCGUGAAACUGCAAGGGGCUACUCCUACGAAGGAAAUAUUGAAGAAUGUGUCACAGCAGAAAGUGAAAACUUUCAAGGCAGCACUGGCUGACUUUAAAAGCGGUCAAAGUAAUUUUAGCGUAGUCCAAUCUUUAGAUAAUAUUAACGAGGAGUAUCCAAACAAAUAGGGGUUUGUUUUGUUAUUCAACAUG